AUGUGUUUUAUUAUUCAGGUCAAAAUGGAUCUCGGACGCGUGAUUUCAAGAUUUAUUCUUCCAUCUUUAAUUCUUGCUACGACAUCACUUGGUCAACAAGGACUGAAUUCUUUUGCCGAGAUCAAGGAAAAUCUGGAAGGGGGAAGACGACUUCAAAUGAACGCCUUUGCAGAUCACUGCGAAUCCACGACACCAACGGACUUGAGCAUGCCCUUGCGGCAUUGGCAAAUCGUGACCGAAAAUGGCGAAACAACUGUGCGAGCGAACGAUUUCAGCGUUUUACCAGGAAGAUCCGAGCUUUCCUUCAUUGUUCGCGAGCUGAACAUAUUUGCAAACGGAACAGUGAAGGUCGACAUCAUUGUUCCUGUUCAAAUUACCGAAACGUAUUCAGUCACUUGCGUCUUGGGUCGAGGGGCUUUUGUUCAUCGGGUCGACUUCGGAGCAGACGUGGAACAGCUGGUGUCCUACGACGAAAUAAAGACAGGCUUGCUCCUUGGAAAACACAUAGAAGCUGUUGGCACAUUGCAUAAGUGCUACAACUACCAAGAAGUACUUGGAGACACAGAACUUACCGUCGGCUUCCUCGUUAGCAACAUUGCAGUGCUUAACGAUGGUGAUAUCGUCAACUAUUUAUUAAAAAUCUAUAUUAUUUUGUGA